AUGGAGGCAGGCAGCUUCUUCCGGCUGAAGGAAAUUCCUCCCGUCUUGACGGCGGCGAGUAUGAUCGACGUCUGUCUGUCGAAAACGCAACGUAAAACGCCCACGGAGAUACACAGAAAGAGCGCGUUGGCCGCCAUAAAAAAGUUCUACAUGCGCAAGAUCAAGUUCGGAUCUCAGACCUUCGUGGAAAAACUCAAAGAAAUCGUCGACGGAUUCCCCAAACUCGAUAGCAUUCAUCCGUUUUAUUCGGACUUGUUGAACAUUUUGUACGAUCGGGAUCACUACAAACUCGCGUUGGGUAUGUUGUCGACGACGGUGCGACGGAUCGAGAAGAUUGCGAAGGAGUACGUGACGCUGGCCAAGUACGCGGAUGGACUGUACAAAUGCAAGAGCUUGAAGGUCGCUGCUCUCGGGCGCAUGUGCACUCUUGUGAAAAAACUCGCACAACCCCUCCAGUACCUGGAAGAAGUUCGGCAGCACAUGUCGCGUCUGCCUUCGAUCAACCCAGUAACGCGAACGCUUCUUCUCACAGGCUACCCAAAUGUCGGGAAAAGUUCUUUCAUCAAUAGCGUGUCGAACGCGAAUGUGGACGUCCAGCCGUUCGCCUUCACGACCAAGUCGCUCUUCGUCGGCCACUUUGACUUUCUCUACAACCGGUGGCAGAUCAUCGACACUCCCGGAAUUCUUGACCAUCCUCUGGAUGAGAGAAACUUGAUUGAAAUGCUGGCAAUCACAGCGUUGACGCACAUUCAGAGCGUCGUCGUCUUCAUGUUGGACAUCAGCGAAGAGUGUGGGUACACGAUCGAGAGCCAAGUCAGCCUCUUUCAGUCGCUCCUCGUUCUCUUCAAGAACAAGCCUAUUCUCGUGGUGUUGAACAAAACAGACAAAGUGCGGCUUGCGAACCUCUCGCCCGAGCACCAGGAGAUCAUUCGCACCAUGGGAAAAGAUCGCACUGUGGAGUUCGUUGAGGCGUCGACGCUCACAGGCGCGGGAGUGGACGACGCUAAGAAUCGCGCAUGCGAACUUCUCUUGAAGCAACGCGUGGAGCAGAAACAAUUGGCAACGGGCCUCAUUGUAGGCGGGACGAGUUCGACGUCUUCGUCGCUGCAGCAGCAACUGGACGGCAAACUUUUCGUCACCAAAGUUGACAAUCCCCGCCAACCGUUCGUACCUCAAAGUGUCUUGGAUGCACAGAAAGACAGACAGCAAGAUGAAGGCGACAUUGCUGUCCGGCGACCCGCUCGCGUGCUGGAGAGGGACUUGGAGGAAGAACAUGGUGGCAGCGGAGUAUACAGCGUCGAUCUGCGAAAAUCGCACAUUUUGGCCAAGGAAGAGUGGAGAUACGACGUGGUGCCGGAAUUUUUGAAUGGCCAGAAUGUUCGAGAUUUCGUGGACGUCGACAUCGAGGAGAAGCUCAAACUCCUAGAAGAGGAAGAAGCUUUUCUUUUGCAGCAGCAAGAAAUGCAGAGACCUGAUCUCGAGGAGCAGCUGGAUAAUCUGGCGUCUCUUAAGAUGGAAAUGGCCAAACUUCACUUGGGAAUCAAGCGGCAGCGGCUCAUGAAUUGCCUGAAGAAGAAGCGCAAUGGACCGCGCCUGCUGAAGAAACCGAAGACGAAACUCCAGGAGAUCCGCGAGAAGAGGCGCCUUGAGGCUGCUCGCCAGACAGGAGGCGAAGCAAAUAUGACAGAUGCGAUGUCUGAAGCUCAAAGCACAGCUGCGUCGGUGGAUCGGGGCACAGAUGCGGGAUCUAUGACCCGAGGAAGAGCCCUUGAGAGGAGCGCACGUCGUGGUCGGUCCCCAUCUGCUGGAAGUGCAGACGGAGACGAAGCAGAUGGCCACAGUCGGCUGAAGAAGAAGCUUCGAGCUAUGAGCCGUUCUCGUUCUGUCCAGCCAACAGCUCGUCAGCGGGCAGCGAGUCGGGCGCGAUCAGCCAGCCGAAAGGGAGAAGAAGGAGACGAGGAACGCGAGCAAGGGCCGGCGGCUCUUGGCCAGAUUCGAAGACUUGGUGGUGUGGCGCAACGAAAGGCAAGGAAAAUGAAGAUUGCCGCUGACAGACCCAUUCGCGGCCGCGCAGGAGAGGCCGACCGCCACAUCAGCGUUAAAUUGCCCAAGCAUCUCUUCUCUGGAAAGCGCAGCAACGGCAAGACGGACAGACGAUGA